AGCUCACAUUUCUAUUGUGAAUUGUGAGGUUACAUUUGAAUGCGACAUCUUAAAUCCUUUAAGUGCUGUGCGUGUUUAUUAAUUUGAAGUUCAAUGAUUUAUCAAUGCGUUGGUGAAUUCACGGAUUAAUUGGAUUAUAAUUAAAUCCACACUUGUUUCUUCAAGCCAACAUUUUCAAAUUGACGUGGCUGUUCACAAUAGCAUCCAGGUAGUUGGGUUUACUAUUGUGCACAACCUCAUUGAACCGGUUCAUUUUCUUGAACAUUAAAGUUUAAACAGUUUGUGAACGGUUUGCGUUGGUCAGUUACUACAGAUUGUAUAUAUGCAUAAAAUGUGCGCCGCAUAUCACAGACCGUUAGUUUUCUGCGGCCCCUCCGGGUCUGGCAAGAGCACUUUGGUUACUAGAAUGAUGCAGGAGUUCCCGGAAAAGUUUGGAUUUAGUGUUAGUCACACAACCAGAAAACCUCGCGCUGGAGAAACUGAUGGCAAACAUUAUCAUUUCACUUCCAAAGAGGAGAUGCAAAAAUCUAUUGAUGAUGGAAAAUUUAUUGAAACGGCUACUUUCAGCGGAAACAUGUAUGGAACUAGUUGGGAAUCUGUUGAAGCCGUAGCGAAGCACGGCAAGGUGUGCGUGCUGGAUAUUGAUGUACAAGGAGUGAAGCAAAUCAAGAAGACUUCCUUUAAGCCAUGGUAUAUUUUUGUCGAGCCUCCGUCUAUGGAAGAAUUGGAGUCCCGACUCAGAGCUAGGAAUACUGAAAGCGAAGAGAGCUUGAACCAGCGGCUAACCGUAGCAAGAGAGGAACUUCUUUAUGGCAGGUCUCCAAAAGCUUUCGACGUAAUCAUCACAAAUGACAACUUGGAUCAUGCAUAUGACUCACUGAAGGCGUUUUUGAUGAAAUAUGUCUUCAAUGCUCCGCCAACCACUAAUGGAAAUGCAAAGGACUAUUAAUAGUAGACGCUUGGUACUUAAUGCUUUUUUGGUCGAUGUGUAAGGUAAUUUUUAUCAUUAACUGCCGCUUAGCUGUUGGUCGAAAAAAUUCAGUUAAGUUAGAGCUAAGAAAACCGCUGUAUAUUUUACUAGGUGUGGAAUACUGGAAAUUCAGCUUGAAAAAACACCUAAACUUCUUUUUAAUCGUUCUAAAAAUAUUAUUUAACGAUUUGAAAAGCUCACAUUAGAGGUAUUUCGAGAAAGCUGGUGCUCAGUUAUUAAUCCCUUUUUAGUCCUACGCAUUUUUUCUUUAUAUAUAUUAGAGUAGUAUACAAGGACUUGACGGAACAUACAUGAGAAAAUUGAAAAAUAUCGGAAAAUUAGCUUUUAACUUAUUUUAUUCCUAAAAGCGAGUCACCUUGCCAUUAUCCGAAGGCUUGAUGCUUACAAUUUAUUGUUAAACUAAAUAACGCUAUAUUAGUAGUAAUUAUUGAAACACCCAGUUCAAUUUGAACAAUGGAAACUUAUUGAGUAAGUUACUGUGAGUGUUAAGAAUGCAGUAUUAACUGAACUCCGCGUAUCAACUUUUUUUACAACUCUACCCAUAUUAUUGAUAAUACUCUAUUACUGAAUAGCAAUAUAAAAUAUUAAAUAGUCGGAACCAAGCUAAUAGAUUUUUGAGCAAUACUUUCAUACAUAUCAGCAAAGUAUAAUGCCCAAAAAAGACCGAGGUUCUUUAUUUGCAGAAAAUAAUUCGGUCGUUUAACAGUAAUAAGAACAUGUGUUUCAUGUUAAGAAAAAGUCUGUUUAAAUAGUUGAAAAAUUGAAGUUAAUAUUGUAGAUAUUUACUGAACAAUUUAAAAUUCAGGUUUACGUCCCGAUGAUGUGUCGCACGCUAAUUAGUAAAUCAUUUCGAGAUGGUUUUAUAUUUAUUAGGGUCUGUGUUUAGUAGAGUAGUAUAGAAAAUAGGUUUUACUGAAUUUUACCCAAAUUUUAUUAAUAAACUGCUCAGCAAAAUCAACGUUACAAUGACAAAUUUGGACCCACUUUAGAACUCGUUAAAUUCUGAAUGCUGCGAGCGAUCCUCUUUCUGUUUGAAGCGUUGUUGAGUGCAAUUCUUUUUCCGUCAGUGCGUGUUUUUGCAUAAAAAUAAUAUAAGUUUUUUAAGAUAAUUUUUUUACAAGAUGGACAAAAAACUUUUUUUGUAUUUCAACACCAUAGACAUUAAGAUAGGCCUCGUAUUUCCACAAGUUUUUAAAUUUUUCGCUCAUAUCGUUUAUUUACAGAGUGGUCUUAAACAAUAACAUUUUUGGUGUUGCAGUUAAAUAUUUGAAAGUAAAUUUAUCAUUUUUUUCUUUGCCGUCCUGUGGAAAAUUUAUCUGAGGUGCUUAAUUUUUACCAAAGCAUUGACGAACAGAAAACAAAUGGGGCUUGAUAAGGCUUCAAACAGACACGAAAUCGCUAGAAGCAAUCAGAAUUUAUUCAGUGAUAAAGUUAGGGCAAAUUUGGCUGUGUGUGACUUUGUUAAGCAUUUUAGUUGCAUUUAGUAAAGAAAGCCAUGUGUUUUAAAACGAAGCAAAGUAUGUGUUAUUAUAGCUUUAAGACUGAUUGAUUUAAGAGGACAAAAUUAUUUACUAUGUUAAUUUUAGUCGCUUAGUAGUGCCAUUAGGUCUGUGGCGGAAUUAUAUUAUUGGUAUUUCAGCCAGUGAAAAUAUUGUCUCGUAACGUUUCUUUUCUAGUCUAAAGUAUUACAUGGAGGUCACAUUUUGAAAACAAUUUAUAUUUGGACUGUGCAAGUGUAGUAUUUACUAGCCAUAGUAGUACUCUGAGUUGAAUAAAACGAGUUAUUUUAGAAA